AUGAAAUACGUCUUCAUAGUUUCUUACUUCUUUUUCCCCAGUUCUGCUUUUUCUGUGGCAAGUGAAUCACGAGAUACCGCAAUGUGGAAUUUGUGUGGCAUGUCCGAAUGUUACUUGAGUUAUAGUGGUAUUGCAUUCAUAGAUUAUGGUUGCUACUGUGGCUUUGGAGGCUCGGGAAUACCUGUCAAUGAAAUUGAUACGUAA